AUGGCUUCCAUAGUCGACACCGUCAAGAACACCAUCGCCGAGAACUUUGGUGGCCCCGCUGAACAGCUUGCCACCCACCAAUUCUCCCUCUCAGAAACCCCCAACCUAUCCGGUAAAGUGGCUGUGGUAACGGGCGGAAGCGAAGGCAUUGGCUACGGGGUUACUCAUACCCUCCUUACCCACGACAUCAGCAAGAUCUUCAUCCUUUCACUAUCUGAGGAAGUCGUCAAGGGCGCCAAGAAGUCCGUAGCCGAAGAACUCGGACAGGAGAAGGCUGACCGCACAGAAUGGGUCCAGUGCGAUCUGAGUAACUGGUCCGAGGUCAAGAAGGCUGCCGAUAAAAUCAAGAACUCAACUGAUCGGCUUGAUAUUCUUGUCAACAACGCUGGGCGGGGCAUCCAGACUUAUCAGCUUUCGUCAUAUGGUGUUGAUCAGCACAUGGCCACGAACCAUUUUGGUCAUGUGCUUCUUACAUCGUAUCUCCUAGAGCUUCUCAAGAAGACUUCCGAGAAGCACGGCACUGUGAGAAUUGUGAACCAAGCUUCCAAUGCCCACCAGGGUGCUCCCAGCGACGUCAAGUUUGAGAGCCUGGAAGAGCUCAACACCGACCUUGGACCAAACCCUCAGUACGGACGAUCGAAAUUGGCAAACAUUCUGUAUACUCGCUACUUCGAUCGUAACGUGACCAAGGCUGGCUCGCCCAAGAUUCUGAUGAAUGCUACUCAUCCUGGCUUCGUCAGCACGAGACAGAGCUUGGAGCACAUUCAUGAAGCGUACCCUCUUGCUGGAUACGCGAUGUCCGUCGGCAUGGAGCCUUUCAAGAAGGACCAAUUCCAGGGCGCUACCAGCGCAGUGUACGCCGCAACGAUGACUGACAAGUCGGGCCAGUAUAUUUGCCCUCCUGCUGUGCCGGAGCAAGGCAAUGAGAAAUCGCAGGAUGAGAAACUUGGUGACCAGUUGAUGGAGUUGACUAGAAAGAUCAUCAGCGAGAAGUUUGAGUCUUUUGAUGACCGCAAAUUUUACUAG